AUGGCCUCCAGAGCAGCACCGGAUUGCCCGGAGACGCUCGCAGCUGCCAAGCGACUCCUUGAGGACCAGAUGGGAACCGUGCGGGAGUCGGCCAUCAAGGCCAUCGCCGCCUUGGUCCCGAAGGGCUCGCGGGAGGCCAUCGACUGGAUCUCGCCGAGGCUCGACGAUUGGCACGAGUCCGUGCGCCGGGCGGCGGUCGUCGCAGUUGCCAAGAUCGCUGAAAAAGGCGAUCAACACGCCAUCGAGCUCGAGAAGAGUGCCUGCGAUGACAGGUCCUGGAUCGUGCGGAAGGCUGCCACCGACUCGCUGGCCGCUACAGCGACGCUGAACGACCUGCCGUCCCUUCGGAAGCUGGCGAAGAUGCUGGAGGACUUCGAUCCUUUGCCGCGCAUGGCCGCCAUCUACGGCAUGGCCGAGCUCUGUGGGGUCGGCCAUCGGAAGGACCAGAGCCUUGUGCCACUGGGGCCCGCCGCCUCCCUGCUGAAAGCGAUCGUGGCCCACCUCGGGCGCUUGCUCGAGGACUUGAUCCCCAUCCCCAAGGAGCCCGCCCCAAAGCCGGAGAUCUUGGGGAAUCCCUUUCAUGAUCGCGGCGUCCAGAAGCACCUCCGGAAGCUCCAGAGGAAAGCCCUGGCAGUGCUGAGCUCAGAGGACUCCGACGCCCCGGGAGGCAUUGCGCAGGAGAGGCAGAUUUCAAUUUCGCAGCCCUGGAGAAAGGAGCUCGCAUGCGUGGCCGUGUGGGCCAUCGCCCUGGCCGAGGCCCGCCUGGAACACCGUGACCCGGGCACGCGCCAGAUGAAGCGAAGCCCCGCCUGCAAGUUGCAUAGAAGUGCGUGCUAUUUUGCCGCCAUGGAGCCCUCCAAUGGCAAGCGACCUCUGCCAGGGUUCCUGGAGAUCAGCGAGGAGGCCAUGGAGAGAAAGCUGGCGAUGCUGCGCCGCUUAGUGGCGCAACCCAUCAACGGCCAGGACACCUGUCCAUCCCAGGUGGGCGAGGGCUUGUUCGUUGGAAACAAACGUCACGCGACGGACGUGCGCACACUGGUCAGCCUGGGGGUCACUGGUGCCAUGAACUGUGCUCCGACGGGCAUCAGCUCCUUGAACCUGGAUGUGUACACCCACCAUGGCAUCGCGUACGGCUACACGAAUGUCAGCCAGGACGAUUACAGCUAUCCGAUCCUACAUGAUCGCGACGGUCAUCGAUCCGAACACCUGGAGACUGCCAAGUCAUUCUACGACCGAGUGCGGCAAACAGGUGGUAACGUGCUCUUCUUCUGCGUAGCGGGCCAGAACCGCUCAGCCACGCUGGCGGUGGCAGUGCAGAUUCUGCAGGGGAAGAAGUUGGAGGAGAUCCUGACCGUCUGCUCGAAGUGUCGGCCCUUCAUCCUCGAGAACGUCGGGUUCCAGCGGCAGCUCGUGGAGCUGGAGAUCAUCGAGGAGCGGUUGAGGGGUCGAGAGCCCUCCCCGCAGCUGCGGCCGCUGCCUGAUCCGCCCAAGGGGAAGAGGCUGAAGGUGGAGACGUUCCCAGACUCCUCCCACGUGGAGGUAGAGCUCCUGGUGUCGGGCGUCUGUACGAUGGCGGCGGUCAUCCCCGUCGAGGCGACGAUCGACGCCGUUCGGCACAUUCUCAACGAUCGCGUAAACUCCUACCUGACCUGCGAGAAGCAGUGCAUCAUCGGGAAAAGUUGGAUGAUGUUCACCAUGUUCGGCUUGCCUCCGGAGUUCGACCUCGUUCUCGAGGAAGCAGCUGUGGAGGUCGGUGUUCAGAUCGCGCGUUUGCAAUCGACCUUCGGCUUGGAGAUCGUGAAAGCCGGCAGCGACUCCCUCGGCGCAUCGACGAUCAUCUGCUGGAACUCCCGAUGUCGUUUCGAACUGGCGAUCUUCUCGGUGUUGAAGGGAGACAAGGAGGCGCACGAGCCUUUCACCUUCCGCCACGAGGAGCGCCCCGGGGCUCCCGGAACGCUGCUGGCGGAGAACUUCCUGGACACGAAUCUCCGAGCCUGGGACUUUACCUCCGGCGAGGCCUUCCGGUCGACGCAUCCGAUCAUCUUCAGCUAUUCCGAUGACCCCCGCAGCAAGCGAGAUUUCAUGAACAUCUCGACCAGCAAGAUGGAAAGGCAGCAGUUCGAUCAUCCCGGAGAGGGCGGCAUCCUGGGCAUGGGGGCCAACGCCAUCGUGCAUCGGGUGGAGCUGGAGGCGGUGGAGAAGGACCCGGAGCCCGUCCGAAGGGGCUUGAGACUGCGGCGCCUGAGCUCGGACCACUCCUUCGAACGGCGUUGGGACGCCGCCGUGAAGCGACCCUUUAGCCUCUGGAAGAUGCUGGCCUCCAUGGAGCACAAGUCGGAAGCCGGCGUGGCGAAGAGGUUGCGCAUGGCCGGAGCGCUGAACAAGCAGGGCCGGCUCCUCUACUUUUAUGGCCUGGGAAUCACCCUCGCCUCCAACAACAACAACCACAACGAGUACAAGUUCGAGGUAACCCUGCUGUCGCAGUACCAGGAGGACUUCUCGGCCUACACGCUGAAGAUGUUUAUGGAGGACUACACCAAGGUUCUGGCCUCGGGCGACCUCUCGCCAGAGGAGCAUUGGCGCAUCAAAGACAUGCAGUCCAAGUUCUCUCUCAUCAAGGUGAAAGUCUUGCUGGUUAGUCUCCUGAAUGGCUUCAGAGAUCUGACGUUGAUGGGGGUGCAGGCCUUCGAUUUCAACCACAUGAACAACGUCCUGGUCUCGAGGGACUGCCGCAAGGCCCGGCUCAUCGACAUCGACGGUGACAGCAAGGGCUCCAUCCAGUUCCCCUCCGAAUACAUCCAGGGGUCACAGACACAAGAUGAGCCCGAGGACCUGCACAAGCCAGCCUUGGACGUCGACCUUUCCACGAUGCUGCCGCUUGUGAUUCAGUACCUCAUUUGUGGCAAAGGCCGUGGCACCACCUUCGUGACCAAUCUCAUCAGCAAAGUGAGGCGGGCGAAGACCGAAGAGGACGCCAAGGAACUCAUCCGACAGAUUGUCCAGGAGGACUUCUUCCCGAAGCUGCCUGCAUGCCCGGCUGAGAGGGAGCGCAGUGAGAAGCACCUUGCGAAGGUGGUGGAGUGGGCGUCAGCGGCCGACCUCGAGAAGCCCUGCGGGUCGAGCGCGGAAGCCGGUGUGGCCACGCCGCCGAAGAUCCGCCCGGACAUUGCAAGGAAAGUCGAAGAGAGGAUGGAGGAUGAAGACGAGCAUGUUCGGGACUCCGCGUACUAUUCCUUGGAG